GACCGAUCAGACCUAUCUACACCAGCUGAGACAUUGUUUUAAGUAAUCUAACUCAUUUCUUUAUUUUUAAUAUUUUUAGCAGAAGUUAAGUUAUGGUAAAGCACAUUUUCACCACCCCAAAUCCAUCUGAGAAUGAAAGACUGAAACUUUAGCUUUUAUAAAGAAAUGGGUUCGUACCAAAAGUUGCAGGCUUUUGUCACUGCCGUCUUUACCUUUACUAUUAUUAUUCAUUACCAUGCACAAAGGUUGUGUCUAGAUGAAAGAUCACAUCUUUGUUCAUCUAACAAUGAUGACCCCCUUUUCACCCUCUCAUUAUCUUUAUCUCUCCCCUUUAAAUCCUCAUUUAAUCUCUUCUUCUGCAACUUUAAAUAUUUUGGUUUGGGUUUUUAAAACUUAAAAGCCAACUCUCUUCACCCUCACAAGUCACCACCAUAAGCCUUCAUUUACAUUCAUUUCUUGUACAGCUUCUGCUUGGUCGUUUUAGCUUUGGGUCGUAACUAUCCUUGUCAGAAACGUUAAUUACUGCAUCUGCCACUGUCACUGUCACACCCCAAACAAAAUAACCUUUUUUUUUUUCUUUCUUUCUUUUGCAUUAGCUUUCACACCCAACAUUACUUGCCGCUUCUUGUUCGUCUCUUAUUUAACUCUUUUGCUAUACAUAAAAUGCGACUACUUUCCUUCUUGUGUUUUACUUGCUACUUCUAGUACUACUUUGUUUUGUUUUAUUGGGGAGUGAAAAAGGGGGUGGGUGAUAUUGUGAAAAAAAAAAAAAAAAACAAAGCCGACAUUUUCUUUGUACUCCGGCUGUGACCGGAGAAUCUGAGUUUGCACCAGGAAAUUAAUGGCUGCAAGGUCAGGUGGUUCUUCCUUUGUUCAGCCUCUGCAUCCACCAUCUCCGAAAUCACCUCCAAAGUAUCCGGAUUUGUAUGGGAAGCGAAGGGAAAGGGCAAAAGUUCAGAUGCUUGAGAGAGAGAUUAGUUUUCUUGAGGAGGAGUUAAAAUCUGUUGAAGGUUUCCAACCUGCUUCAAGAUACUGCAAAGAGGUUACAGAUUUUGUAAUGGCAAACUCGGAUCCUCUUAUACAGCUCAGGAAGAAUCAAAAAUCAUGUGGCUUUUGGAAAUGGCUUUGUGGAUUACCCUGCUUUAACAUGGCGUGCACCAGCUGUUGCUGUAAUUCUGGGUGCUGUUGCUAUCUGAAAUGCCCAGAGUGCUGGAAAUGUAGUCUAUGUGACUGCAGCUUGUGCAACUGCAUGUCCUGCAAAUGCUGCACCUCAUCUGAUUGCAUUGCAUGUAAAUGCAGUUCGUGCGACUGCAGCUCUUGUAACUGCGGUUCAUGUUUUAGCUGCUGCAAAGUUCCAAAAUGGCAGUGUUGCUGCAGAAAGAUGUGCUGUUGCAAUUUUCAACCCCCUUCAUGCACAAACUGCUGUUCUUGCAAGUGGAAAUGCUAUUGUCCUAAAUGUCCAAAGCUAUGCAAUUGCUUCAGUUGUACAAAAACCUGUUGUAACCCAUGUUGCUAAUUGUUCUAAAAUGUCAUUCAAUUUUCUGCAAGGAAUUAAUUAGUUUUUAUCAAGUGAUAAAGUGGUGAUUUUUUUUUUCUUUCAAUAGUUACAUUAAGAAAAGCAGAUCCAAACUUGGAACCUCCUUCAUUAAUGGAAAUAUCUAUCCAAUCAUUCUAAGAA